AUGUCGGGAGGAGUGUUUUCUGAUCCUCAGAUCCUCUCCUGCCAAAUCUUUACGGUGGCUGGCGGAGAUGGCAAUGAAUAUCGAUCACAAAAAGGAUGUUGGUCGUACAACUCCAACUCCACCUCUACCCUCACCCCCACCUCCAACUCCAACUCCACCUCCACCCUCACCCCCGCCUCCAACUCCAACUCCACCUCCACCCUCACCCCCGCCUCCAAGUCCAACUCCAACUCCACCUCCACCCUCACCCCCGCCUCCAACUCCAACUCCACCUCCACCCUCACCCCCGCCUCCAAGUCCAACUCCAACUCCACCUCCACCCUCACCCCCGCCUCCAACUCCAACUCCACCUCCACCCUCACUCCCACCUCCAACUCCAACUCCACCCUCACCCCCGCCUCCAACUCCAACUCCACCUCCACCCUCACCCCCACCUCCACCCCGCCUCCAAUUCCAACCCCAACUCCACCUACACCUCCACCUCCAACUCCAACCCCAACUCCACCUCAAACUUUAACGCCACCUACAUCUCCACCUCCACCACCACCUCAAACUCCAACUCCACCUACAACUCCAACUCCACCUACAACUCCAGUCCACAAUUUUGUCACAUUCUGA